UAGAAUUGAAUAGAGAACUGUGAUUUCCGUGUUGUUUUUCCUCGACACAUGACUCUGUGGUAUUUUUUCCCCCCUCACACAGUUAUGUGUUUAUACCCCAGAGCCAUAGUGUUGGUCAUGUCCCAGCAAGUUCCAAACAUUUUCUUAUCUCACUAACCUGUGCAGUCAGAGGUAGAGUCUAUAUAUGAAACACCUCUAUUUGAUUUGAAGGGGUUGGAGUCAAUUCUCACUUUUUGGUUGUUCUCUAAAUUGUCCUCACCUACUUCAGAGUCUGUACACACAAUCUCUUGUUACUCGCAUUCCAGUUUCUUUUUCACCUUUAUGUAGGCCUAGAGCAGGACUCGGGAGUGGCUCUGGGUGACCUCAGGGUGCGCCCUCAGAGAGCGGCUGACACGCAGAGCUGCGCAAUAAUCGAGGGUAAGCGCAUAGGUGGGAUCUGGGACAAUGACUGUGUAGCGACGGAUCAGACAAAAAAAGAAAAAAAAAACACCACAGAAGAACACACCCUGGACCUCCUGUUAGUUUUUUUAAAUUAAGAAUAUGUCUAAGCGCGUCAGACCCGGGUAUUACCGUCAGGAAGUCAACAAAACAACAUGGGAAGUACCGGAUCGGUACCGGGAUCUGAGGCAGGUGGGGACCGGGGCUUACGGGACGGUGUGCUCAGCAGUGGACAGCAGAACAUCAACCAAAGUGGCAAUCAAGAAGCUGUACCGUCCUUUUCAGACUGAACUGUUUGCCAAACGGGCCUACAGAGAGCUGAGGCUUCUCAAACACAUGAAGCAUGAAAAUGUGAUUGGCCUGUUAGAUGUGUUUACUGCUGACCUCUCUCUGGACAGAUUCCAUGACUUUUAUUUGGUGAUGCCAUACAUGGGGACAGACCUGGGGAAGCUCAUGAAGCUACAGCGCCUGUCAGAAGAAAAAAUCCAGUAUUUAGUCUAUCAGAUGCUCAAAGGGCUUAAGUAUAUUCAUUCUGCAGGUAUAAUACACAGGGACCUUAAACCAGGAAAUCUAGCCAUCAACCAAGACUGUGAACUCAAGAUAUUGGAUUUUGGUUUGGCGCGGCAGGCAGACAGCGAGAUGACAGGGUAUGUGGUGACUCGCUGGUACAGAGCCCCGGAGGUCAUCUUAAGCUGGAUGCACUACACACAAACUGUGGACAUUUGGUCUGUGGGCUGCAUCAUGGCUGAGAUGCUUCAAGGGAAACCUCUUUUUAAGGGCAGUGACCACCUGGAUCAGCUGACAGAGAUCAUGAAGAUCACAGGAACACCAACUCAGGAAUUUAUUUCAAAACUAGAAUCAGAUGAUGCCAAAAGCUACAUCAAAAGUCUUCCAAAAGUGGAAAAGAAAGACCUACAGAAGGUGUUUUCCACAGCUAAUCCACAGGCUGUGUGCGUGCUGGAGUGCAUGUUAUUGCUGGAUCCGGAGUGCAGGGUAACUGCUGCAGAGGCUCUCUCACUGCCCUACUUCUCUGAGUUUAGGGAAACAGAGGAGGAGACAGAAGCACAGCCAUAUGAUCACUCACUAGACAACACAGACCUACCCCUGGACCAGUGGAAACGUCACACCUUCACAGAGAUCUUGUCCUUCAAGCCUGUUCUACCCGAGUCUAAAGAAACCUCACUUUGAAGCACACAGAGCUGUCUGUGCAACCUGGGAGCGAACUAAAACUAAAAGUUUUUAACGUUUAUUUCAGCCUAAGGCUUAAUGACUGAGUCUCGGUUUCUGAUUCUCAAAAGUGCAAGCUGACCUUUGUCGUGGCUUUCAAUUCAGAAAAGCUCUUUUCAGCCACAUUGUGGUCCAGUAGCUCCACUUUCUGAUUUUUUAUUGACCUUUUCAGUGCAUCCUACAGUGCUGAGGAUGCUGCAGUAGCUCUGUUAUAUACUGUAAGUCAGGAAAUAAUAUUCUUCGACAGGUACUGAAAUAAUCAAGGCGUUAUAGUAGAAAUCUUUUUGUUUACUUCUGUCUCUCCAGUUCAGUUUAGGCUGGCUUAUACGGUCGUGGAAAAAAUUAUUAAGACCAUCAAAAGUCACCAAAAACAAUAGUUAUGCAAUCAAGUACUAACUCCUAUGUGUAUCAUGUGACUAAAACAGAUGGAAAAGAUAACAUGGAAUGCCUAAAAC